UCACAUGUGGCGCCUGUUUAGUUUCACUUCCGCGUUUGAACAGAAACCAGUAAAUGCUUUAAAUAAUGCAAGCGUUUUAACGCGAAUAUAGUCUGAAGUUUGUUUAUUCAAUGUAUGAUAAUCGAUACCAGUGCUAUAUUUUAACGUGAUGUCGUUAAGUGUUGUUUAAAGACGUUAGUGCGACAGUUUGGGAAAGAGAAGAUCCCCAGGCUGGGUGGACACAACUAGACAGCUAAUUAACACCUUCACUUUUAUUUAUCUACAGUAAACACGGUCAUAGGAAUUUCGAAAGGUGUCACCUCUGAAAGCCAUGUUGCUGUCUCUGAGAAUAAUCACUCCUCUUUUCGUACUACUUGCUGGAGUGCAAGCGGAGUUCAUCACAGACAACUGCAAGCUGAUUGCAGAGAGCAAGUCUCAGCAAAAUGCGCUUCAUUUACUAGAGCCUCUCACCAAUCGAUCCUUCACCGUGGCAGAAGAGGAAUAUUCCUAUAUUUUCCAGGUAUGUGGAGAUGCUGGUGGAGUGAAGGGUGCAGGUCUUGUGCAGCAAGAAAAAAAAACUGGAAAGCACGUUCAAGUUGGAUGCUACAACCAAACACGAGCUAUAAAAGGAAGUGACUGGAUUCUGCUCUUCUACGAGGGGGGAGAAAGAUACGACAGCCACUGUUCAAAAGAGGCAAGAAGAGCCAUGAUUAUGAUUUCAUGCACAACAAGUACUGAGGAGACAUUUUCAGUGGUUUUGGAGGACAAUGAGAAGCAACAGGACUGUUAUUACCUGUUUGAGCUGGACUCUAAAGCAGUCUGUCCUAUAAUCCCAUCCAAACUCAGUGCCGGCUCCAUACUCCUUAUUGUUGUAUUCAGCUGCCUAGCUGUGUAUCUUACUGGUGGAUUCCUCUAUCAGCGACUAGUAGUUGGAGCCAAGGGAGUUGAACAGUUCCCCAACUACUCCUUUUGGUCCGAAAUCGGCAACUUAUCUGCUGACGGAUGUGAUUUUGUCUGUCGUUCCCGUGGGAACAGAGAAGAACCACCCACAUAUAGAGGCGUGGCUACUGAACCUCUAGGGGAGGAGCCAGAGGAAAGGGAUGACCAUUUACUUCCCAUGUGACCAAAUCAUAACAACCAAUGAGAAAAGAGGCUGGACAGUUAUUACGGUUUUGUAACCCAAAGAGCGAUGUUUAGUUCAGCAGGCGUGUUGCUAGUUAAGAAGUGCUGCUGUUUAUUUUAUUAUGGCUUUUUUUUGUCCCAAUAGCACUUAUUCUCUAUUUAUCCCUUACAAUGUUAAUUUGGUGUUUGUUAAAUGUAAAAGUUUGCUAGUUUUCAAAAUUCCAAAGACCCACAAGUAUAUUUGAUAAUUUAAUAUAUGAUCAUAAUCAACAUGCAACACUGUCCCUGCUUUCUCUCUUUAUAGGACGUAAAAGACAUCAACACUGCUUGACUGCAUUACUUGUAGUUUGGUACAAGUACUUAAUUUGUUUAGAACGGUUAAAUCAAGUUUUACUUGUAGGAUGAACCUAUGUUUGAUAAAACUGAAAUGAAUUAAGCUUAUGCUCCACCCGCUUAUUCCCAAAUUUUCAAAAAUUAACUAAUAUUGAUUAUUUAACAAAUUAAACUAACAAAUAUGCUCUGCUUUACAUUCCAAAUUAGCUGUUUGUUGUGGAAUAUUGUGCUAGUAUGAAGAAGUUACAAGGAUCUGAUAAGGCCUACCUCUUCAGCCUGUUACAGUCUGUAGGCGACGUUUCCUAAUGAUGUUAUUAAUAUCAAAGUUUAGAUACAUUUCUAGAAUAUAAAAAGGUGUUCUGGGAGAGCCCCAGUCUGCAACAUUACUGUUGAUAACAAUUAACAGUUAAAGUGAAACAACAUGAAAGAAAAGGAGUUUUUGUUUGUUUUACAUGAUAUUGCAAAUGUUUGAUUCUUUGAUGGUGGGAUCUAUUUCACAUGGUAUAAAUGACUGUAAAUCUUCAGUGGAAACCACAGGACAAAUUCCAGACUAUGACAGAGCAGCAUUGUUUUCUUUCACCGCUUUUAAGUAAUAUUUGUUUAAAUGCACUGAAGCUUUUUUUUUCGUUUUUUUUUUUUCGUCCUACAUUUUCCUUACACAUAACCAUGUUCUUGAGGAGCCAAGAUUAUGGUUGAGCACAAACACUCCUGUUUUUUGAGGUACGUAGAUCAUAGCCUUAUAACCCUUUAUAGAAUCAGGAGGAAGAGAGCUGAUGGUUAUAAACCCAAGCCAUACAAGGUGCUCCGUUAUUAUGUAUCACCGAAGUUUUGGUCUGUGUAUAAAAGAGAGUUAGAGCCUCAAUGAAAAGCACUUCUACUCAUCAGACUGAUAGUACUAGUUUAGCCUCUUCUUUAGUAAUAGAGUCCAUAUUAACAGCAGAAAUGUAUGAUGCAUUUGGCUUCAUGAGAUACAAGCCUAUGCAAAGAGGUGACUUCACUGUUCUUGCUACUGCUUUAUUGUUCUUUACAAUUUUAGUGUGAAAAUAUUAAUUUUGUUUGCUUUGGAAUUGAGGAGAAAGUGUGAAUAAAGUGUUUGAUUACUGGUG